AUGAAUCUAGUUGAUAACCAGCCUUAUACCGCAGUGGGCGAUAUUCUAACUUACCAAUCGAAAGUACGUCCAACAAAGUCAUGUCUGUUGUAUCCAAAUCCAUCUAAUAGUGAAGAAUAUUUGUCUGCAACCUAUGCCCAAGUGCAUCAAUUUACAACUCGUUUAGUACAAAAGUUUUUAUCACAGUAUUUUAAUGAUAAUCCACCAACAACGUCCACUGUUAUUUGUAUCUUAUCAAAUUGUACUACAGAAUAUUUCUUGACGGUUUAUACAUUAUUAAAACUACCUAACGUAAUUGUAUUUCUAUUGAGUACACGAAAUUCCAAAACAGCUAUCGAACACUUAAUCAAUGAAACACAAGCUAAAUAUGUUUUUACAACAAAAGAUUAUUUAGAAUUAUUGCCAUUAAUAGAAACAUUGAAAAUAAUACAAUUUGACAAUGAUGUACAUAUCAACGAUUUACAACAGUUAACAAUAGUUGAUAAUAAAGAAAAUCUAAGAUCUCAACAAUUCGAUGAAAUACAAAUGAUAUUUCAUAGUUCUGGUAGUACAGCAUAUCCAAGACCAAUACGAUUAACAAAUCGUUAUUUCUUCAAUAUUUACUAUUCUCUAUUAAGUGUUAAUAAUGAUUGGUAUAAUGAAAAUGAUAUUGUACUUGCAUGGGGUGCUUUAUAUCAUAUACUCGCCUUUAUGACAUCCGUAUCAAUUUGGCAAGCAGGUGGCUGUUUUGCACUUCCAUUAACAAAGGUUUAUCCACCAACACCAAGAGAAUUGUUUGUGAAUGUCAAACAACAAAUAACAAAAUUAAUAACAGUACCAGCUUUAUUAGGACAGUUAGUCGAUGAAAUCAACUCACAAUCAAUACCUAAUUUUGAUUCAUUAAAAAAAAUGAUCUUUAUUAUGUAUGGUGGUGCACCGUGUCCAGAUAAUAUAUGUCAAAUCUUAGUUGAUAAUGGUAUUAAUGUGAUAAGUGCUUAUGGAACAACAGGUACGAUCUUUCUAAGUAUCUUUAUUAAAAAUGAAAUAAGAAGAUAUAUCCUAUUAAUCGAUUCUUACAGAAGAAUCUGCUACGACUCGCAUAAGAAUCUUUAUUGAAUUCUUACAUAAGAAGUCCGCACGAAAGUGAGAAGAAUUUGACAAAAAGCAGAUAAGGAUCAGUUAAUUAGGAAUUCGACCACUACGACCCACACAGAAAGAGGCAAUAACUAACAAAAAUUUCCAAUGAUCUUUUUCUUCUUUAGUGAACUAUAUAGUUCAUUAGUGAGUGUGUAAGAGGUCGCGAUGCAUUUUUAAAACGACCACUCUUACGCAGAGUGGGUAUUUUUUGCUAGACCAGGCGGACUUUAGCUUUAUGAGUGAACUAAAAUUUCAUGAACCACUUUUUAUAGGUUUUUCAUGAUCCUCUUUCUAAUGGCAUGAGAGUUGAGUUUUGAAAAAAGUUUUCUAAGGAGUUUUCCAGUGAUCCGGCCUCUGGGAAACCUUCAGAAAACUUUCUCAAUAUUUAAAAACGAUGCCACUGGAAAGAGCAUUGUCGAGAACCUACAAGAAACAUGUUUCGAGUCGUUCAGGUUACUCUAUCUUGAAAUUCAAAUUUUCAGCACGAAAUUGUUUGUGUGAAUCUCAAAAACUAAGAAAUUUCUAGAAUUCAAAAUCGAGCGACCGAAACUAUAUGAGUUAUACACCAUUCGAUGCAGUUUUUCAUGCUGAUUCCGAAUAUGGUAUUAUAUUUGAAGGGAAGUGCAUUUAUAAGCGAGAAAACCAUGAAAUACC